AUGAGCAUCCUCUCUAACUGCAAAGGCCCGCCAGUUGCUGCGCCCAGCACCUGCUUCAAUCACCUUGACGUCAUGACUAUCACCGUUCGAGAGGGGGUGAAGAGCAAGGAGUACCAUGUAUUCCACGGACUUCUCACCUGGCACUCCGGCUAUCUCGCCGCUGCUCUCAGUCCUACCAGCGGUUUCCACGACAGUGGUACCAACUCAUUUGAAUUCAUUGAAGACAUCGAAGUCUUCGACACUUUUACCUGCUGGCUCUACACUGGCAAACUGGACGAUGCUUCCGAACCCAUCAGCGCAGCACGCCCACCGCAUCUCUCACCACUAGUACUUUCCAAGAUAUGGGUAUUUGCUGACUUCCACAUCAUCCCGGCUCUCGGCAACGCUGCUAUUGAUGCGCUUCAUGAGCAUCAAGCCCUGUUGUGGGUCACACCGAGUCCAGUUAUCAAAUAUGUUUACGAGCACACGAAACCUGACUCCCUUCUACGCCGGUAUCUUCAAGAUGCUUUCACAAAGACGAUGACCCUGGAAAGUGUAAUGAGUAGAGACAAAGAAGAACAUACAGUAGAGUUCUUGCAUGAUAUCUUACUCGUCAUUGCGAGGAGAAAGAAGGGCGAGAAGCUGGAGAGGAUGCAGUGGGCAAAGUUGGAUAGGUGUAAGUGGCACGAUCACUCUGGCCCUGGAGGCAGGCUAAGGAUGGAGUCGAGGAAAUGA